AGAGGGAGAAAGGGAGUGUCUGAUAGAGGAGGAGGAUAGAGGGAGAAAGGGAGUGUCUGAUAGAGGAGGAGGAUAGAGGGAGAAAGGGAGUGUCUGAUAGAGGAGGAGGAUAGAGAGAGUGAGGCAGUUCCACAGGCAGACGAUAGAAGCAGAUUGAUCUCUCUCGCGCUGUAGUCGGUCCUGUCUACCGGGAGAUGCUCAAGCGUUCCUGAUUUUUCCGCUCUAACCACUGCUAAUUCCCAUUAGAGCUCGUUACCUCCACUGUACUGUUUUCGGUAGUUUGAGGAGGGGUAAAUCGCGUGUCGUCUGUCUGGGAACAUAAGGCUAACCAGGGCUACAGAUCAUCUGGAUCAGAACCUCACGACUAGAAGCACCAGGUCUCCGGUAAAACGUGUAGAUGGAGGACUUGGAUCUUCCCCAGAUGAAGAGGGAGGUGGAGAGUCUUCAGUACCAGCUGGCCAUCAACAGAGAGAAAUCCUCCAUCACGGUUACUGAGCUGGUGAAAUGGAUCGAGGGGUGUGUGUGUGACGACCCAUUCCUGAACCCAGAGCUGAUGAGGGCCAACCCCUGGGUGGAGAAAGGCAAAUGUGUGAUCCUCUAACGGACACACACACGGAUCCACACACACACAUUGAGACACACACACACGGAUCCACACACACACACACACACUGAGAGACACACACACACACACACAGACACACACACACACACACACUGAGAAACACACACCAGGUUAUCCCGUCCUAUUUAUUUGUACAUCCAUGUCUAUGGUUUUAGCUGAAAGUAGCCCCCUUCCUAUGAGCAGCAUGUCCUGCAUUGAAAGUAGCCCCCUUCCUAUGAGCAGCAUGUCCUACACUGAAAGUAGCCCCCUUCCUAUGAGCAGCAUGUCCUACAUUGAAAGUAGCCCCCUUCCUAUGAGCAGCAUGUCCUACACUGAAAGUAGCCCCCUUCCUUCCUAUGAGCAGCAUGUCCUACAUUGAAAGUAGAUUUGCAGAGCUCAUCUCAUAGCUUUGUUAAGAGAUAGAAGUUUGUUGUUAAAUAAAUCACACUUUUAAUUGGCUUUUUUUCCACUGUCAAUCAGAAUACACUGUUUUUAUUGGCUUGUUUCCACUGUCAAUCAGAAUACACUGUUUUUAUUGGCUUGUUUACACUGUUUUUAUUGGCUUGUUCCACUGUCAAUCAGAAUACACUGUUUUUAUUGGCUUGUUUCCACUGUCAAUCAAACAUAAUAAAGAGGUGGUUUGACA